UCUAGACGCUCAAAUCUAAAACCGAUCCCUCUCUCUUUCUCUCUCUCUCUAACGAAGCCAUGAACGACCGCCGUCUCAAAACCAGAUCAGACUCCGAGAAGAAGGCCAAUUCUUCCCUAGAAGCGGGAAGCAGCUCAGGGUACGAGUCUCGCAAGAAAAGAAAUCUAAAAGGGGGGUUCCAAAUCCAUUAUAUUACGGAGGAGGAGAAACAAGCCGCGAUUGCAGAGUACUACGCAUGGGAAGAGCAAUUCUCUCACUUAAAAGAAGGAAGGCAACUUGUGUUGGUGGUGCCAGAUGAGGAGAGUAUAGACAAGCCUGUUUUAGACUCUGUGACUGAUCAGCUCAAUACUACUCCGACUUCUGAGGAGAAAAGUCGUUGCACGGGCGAUCACAAACAAAGAGAUGAUAAGGAGGAGAAGGGGCCUCUAUGUCGAAUUUGCCGUGAGGGUCACCACGGGCUUGAGUACUGCCCGUGGCGUGAACGUGUCCCGAUGGAUGCAACUGAAGUUGGCAAGGGCUUUGAAAUAACUUGUCAUCUUUGUGGUAGUUUGGAUAACAAGUGCAAGCAUAAUUGGAGCCAUGCUGUCGAGGUUUUCUGUCGUAUUUGUAAUGUGGAAGGAGACCACUCGGAGCUUGAGUGCCCAAAGCUACCAGAGAGAGCCAAAGACGAGGCAAGAGUGGAAGCCAAAAAAGCAAAGAAAAAAGCAGCCAAAGCCAGGGCAAGAGCCAGAGCCAAAGCUCUUAAAGACGGACAGUUGGGUUCCUCCACCAUCACUUGUUGAUAGCAUGCUGUUGUGGAAAGAAGGAAUGGAGACGACCGAGUGCUGCAAUCCAAAUGUCUAGUCUAAGGAUGCCAAUGCCAUUAAAAAAUUGAAGGUAUUUUUGUUAUUUUAUCCUUAUUUUAUGGAGAUUUUUUCAAGGAAUGACGAAAACUAUUGAAUGUAGACAAACUUAGAGACCAAUUCUAUCGAUUUCUAAUCUUAGGGAUCAAAGUGAGGAGUUAUGCAAAUCUCAAGGACUAUUUUGGCUAAA